AUGUUAGUGAAAGCGAAUUCAUAUCGGUUUACAGGGAAUCAACCACCUUUAGCUGCAUCAACUCAACAAGCAGACUUCAAUACCAAUUACAACAGUAUUAAUAAUCACAAUAGAAAUAUUAAUAAUAUUAAUAUAAAUAAUAAUAAUAGUAAUCCUUUUAAUAGCAUAUUUGCUACACUUAAAACAAAUAAACGCCAAUUGGGUAAUUUUUAUGAAUCACAAGAAUGGCAAUUAAAAUCACUUAGUCGUCAUUGUGAAAAAUGUGACCAGAAUGAUUCGAAUCAAAAGAAACCUACAGGUCAAAUAACUAAAUUGACAUCAAGUUGUCCACAGGAUGUAGUGAUGGCAGAACAAAAGUCUCAGUCUCAACAGCAACAGACACAACAACAGUCGCAAUCACAGGAUGAAUGGGAGACAUGGACAGAUCAACAUGAAAUAAAGUUGACAAUACGUUUAGCUGGUUUCGGACAUAUAUGUAUUCUACGCGGUAGAAUGAUACUUGAAUCAUACUUUUUAAUUUUAUCAAAAAAGUGGAUGAAGGCGGUUAUUGUUGGUGGAGAUGAAGUGAUGAUACUGCUGAAACAACCAAGUCAAAUCAAACGUUUUCGUUUAACAUUUUUCGAUGAAACUGAUGCAAAUAACUUUUUUGUCUGCCUAUCAAAAUUUGCUGCUACCAAUCUUUCUAAUGAAUUGAAUGAAGAUCAGAAUACAGAAUCAUUAAAUAAUAACAAUAGCAACAAUGAUAAGGAGACAAAGUCGACAACGACGUCGACAAAGAACACCACAACUGCUGUUACUUCUACUGAUCCUAUCACAAUAGAGACUAUUCUUAACUCAAUGUUAACUAAUCAAGCCCAAUUGCCUGAAAGUUGGUCAACUGAAUGGCCAACACAAAGUUUAGACGGUUUAAUUCGUUUGUGUUUAAUUGAUCCUAACUUUCCAGGAUUUGUUAGUCGAAUUGACAGGGUCAUGAAAAAGUUCACUACUACAAUAGAUGAUGAUAUACCAAAUCGUGAUAAUGAAAUACCAAAAUAGAUGAGGAAAUAUGGCUAAUGAGUGAUUGAUAAAAAAAAUAACUGAAUCAUGUUUGCCAAUUUUGUUUUGUUUUUGUUGUUGUCUUACACUGUGUGUUUAUUGUGUUACCGUUUUGUUUUCCUGCUCCUCUAUUAAA